AUGACCAGUCAAGGACCCCUAACCGCCUGGCUGCUCUCCGCAACACCUCAAGCAUUCAAACGCGCAACAACACACCCUUUCCUAGCCUCUGCCGGCCGCGGAGACCUCCCAAAAUCAACUCUCUCACAAUGGCUCGCCCAAGACAGACUCUACGCCCAAUCCUACAUCCGCUUCAUCGGCCUUCUCCUAACGAAGAUCCGCAUGCCAGUCCAUAAAGCAAACAGCACCUCCGCGCUAAAGCCAUCCUCGGAACAGCGCGCCGUCGACAUCCUAAUCGACGCGCUGGUUAACAUUCGCACCGAACUCCGCUUCUUCGAAUCCACAGCCCAUGACUACGGUCUAGACCUGACCGCCAUCUCCGCCGAAGAGGGCGGCGCAGGUCUCGCCGAGUCUGGUUCCGGCGGUAUCACCACGUCCGCAGGAAUCUCGACUGCGGGCUCGGGGUCGUGUCCCGGUUCUACGGGUAUAGCGCCCAGUGGUAAGAGUAUCUCCACCGCCGCUGAGGGCGAGGGUGACAUGAAAGCGGGGCACGGUCGCGAGGGACAUCAGCUCUGCGGUGCGCAGGGUGAGUGUCAGAUGCAGGCUGGUGGUGACGUGUGUAAUCCGUCUUUGCCGCAGAAUCCGCAGAAAGGUACCGAUGAGUGCGAGCCGGGUCUUUCAUCUGGUGGACAUUCUGCGUCUGCGACGCCGUUCGAGUCGGGCGGGCCGGCUUACUUUGCGGCGACGCGGAUCACGCGCGCGUAUAUUGAUAUGUUCAUGUCGGCGGGGAGUUCGGGGGUGUCUGUGUUGGAGGGAUUGGCGGUGCUGUGGGCGACCGAGGUGUGUUAUCUUCGGUCGUGGAGGUAUGCGGCGUCGUUUUUGAAGUUGAGAGACGGAGAGAGUAAGGAGGAUGCGGAUGGUGGGGCAUUGAGGGAGAAGUUUAUUCCCAAUUGGUCGAGUGCAGAGUUUGAGGAAUUUGUUGAUCACAUUGGGGAUGUGUUGGAUGAGAUGGCUGCGCAGGUUAAGGGUGCCGAAGAGGCGGAGAUGAUGCGUGCACGGUGUUUGGAGUGGUGGAAGCAGGUUAUUUGGCUGGAGGAGAGGUUCUGGCCUGUUAUGGAUUAA